AUCUGGCUCUCUUCACUAAAAAGAAGAAGGACUGCAGAAGAGAAGUGGAUAUAAUUGCACUUAAUGCUAAAGUUGAAAUCUCACAUAACAAUAUUUGCCAGUCUUCAAUUUUUGUGACAAAAGAUGGUACCUGGAAACUGGGUGGAUUUGAACAUGCAUGCCAUUUUGAACAGCUGACGCCCAAGUUCUUGGAGAAUUGUCGAGCUCUUCGUAGUCAAAGUGCAAUCUCACCUGAGGAAAAGGCUGAUAAUCUAUGUAUUAGUUCAAAAGCAAUGCAUGUAUUGGAUGCUUACUCUUUUGGGAAACUUGCUGAAGAAUUCUUUGACCAACUCAAAGAAUUAGGAGAUCUUUUUAAAACAUUUGAAUUGCGAAUUCAAGAUGAGUAUCUCAGUCGAGACCCAAAACAAAGACCACCAUUAAAAUGUUUGUUGACUGAUCGCCUUUUUAAAUACGAAAACCAUUUUCUUGAAGUUAAGCUUUUCCUCAAAAACAUCACAUUAAAAUCUAGCAAAGAGAAAACAGAUUUCUUCAGCCAAGUUGUUUCAAUGCUGCAGGAAUAUUCUGAAGAACUGGUUGGGAGUCAAUUGAUUCAUUUAUUGCUUUCUCGAUUUGUUGUCUUGAACAAAGAUGCUGAAGAGUUCUUGCUUCCAAGUCUUCUUAUUCCUCAACAAGCUGAGAAUAAAGAUUCCAGUGAGAAGUCAAGCAGCACUCCUUGUUCAUCGUCAAUCUUCAGUAAACCCGUAUUUAAAAAGUACGUCAUUCCAGAAUUGGUAAACAUUUUCAAAGUCCGUGAAGUUCAUAUCCGUCUACUUCUUUUGAAAUAUUUCCGUUAUUAUGUUGAGUUAUUUGAAAAAGAAGAAAUUGAGGAAGUAAUUUUCCCACAGUUGCUUCUUGGACUUCGUGAUGUAAAUGACAAACUAGUGUCUGCCAGUUUACAUGCUGUGGCAGACCUUGUUCCAAUAUUGGGAGGGGACACUGUUAUUGGAGGACCACAGAAGCAAUAUUUCAAAGAAGGUAAACCCAAGAAUGUUCAAAGUGUAAUAAAAGAAGAAAAAUUUACUUCAGUAAAGCAAGCACUUAAAAAGCCGUUGUUGAAAGAUCUCGCAGCCUCAGUAAGAAGUCCUUCGAGGAAAUCUAAUAAACACACAGAUGAGGAAACAGAUAAAAAACAUUGUAAAGUAAUUCUUGAAAAUAAUGACAAGGCAGCUAAAGUGAUUGACAGCAUACCCAAGAAAGAUUUUAUUAUUGAAGACAAUUCUGUAGAAGUGAAAAUUACUGACCCAUCAGCAGAAGUGAUAUAUGAAAAAUAUAAACCAGAUGAUCCUGAUAAUUGGGUAGAUUGGGACAACUCUGAAGAAUGGGAUGAUGAUGAAAAAAAUCAGUAUUUUGACCGUGAAAUUGAAGCUGAGCUAGCUCAGAUGAGUUCAGUAAGUGAUUCUGUUAGAAAUAAGAAGCAACUAGACAAUGAAAUUCUAAGAAACGCUGUCAAUGAUAUCCAUUUGAACUCAGCAGAUGUAACUUCAGUUAAUAAUACCAGCUCCAAAUUAGGUGAAACUUGGUCUUCAACAGCUGACUUUAAUAGUUCAUGGGCAGGAGACCAGCCCUCAAUAGAUUCAAACCUCCAUGCACUGACUGUCAUUAAAACACACUCUAGACAAGAAAUUUCACCUAACAGCCUACAUUAUUCUGCCAAAUUGGCCAAUGUGUCUAAAAGCAUUUCUGCCAAACAGCUUGGUGAAGAAUUUGACAUCAUGAAUAUUAAGGUACCUAAGAAGUCCCAAGAAAUUGACUAUUUUGCUGAUAUGCAGCCUGUGAUAUCCAGUUCUUCCAAAACAGAACUGUCUGAAAUAGCUCUUUCUACUAGUCAUUCUGAUAACACAAAUUUUAAAGAGGAACAAAUCUUGAAGAGUUCAUUGUCUUUUGCUGUUUCAGAAGAUGCUGCUGAGGUAAACAUAGAUGGCUGGGGUGACGAUCUAAACUGGGAAGAAAUAAACUCUAAAAUAAAUUGAUAUUUAUAAAUUUU